AUGAGGGUCAGCGACUUUGUCCAAGCGAGCCGCGAUUCAAAUGGAGUUCAGACGAAGCAGCAACUCAAACCUGUCAAGAUUUCCAGGGAGCGACAAGCUGACAUGGCUAGAAUAAGCCCACCCCCUACACAAUUGACGGGAUUCAACCAUCCUCUUAUAAAUAGAAAACGCAGAAAUCUAUCACAGGAAAACACAGCUCCCUAUGUGCCGUUAAAUGAGCCGCCACACGUGGCCAAUACCAAUGAACGCGAAGGGCCAGGGGACCUUUUUGACACUGAUCUUGAGGGUGUUGAUGAUUCCACUACUAUCGGUAGUGUCUUGAGAGAAACUGAAGCAGGAUCUGUUACAGGGAAUCCUCACUCAACACGUGAAGAUACCAACCUCCCGGACACAGACCUUGCUCUAAAGAAUGGAGGCUAUAAGUCCAUUACCGAGAGGAUCAAGGAACUUGACUCUGAUGAUGAAGAAGAUGAUAAUGAGAAAAGAUCCGAUUAUCAAAUAUCACAUAGGGGAAUAACUGAACUUGAUGAACUAGCGGAAGAAAAUAUAAACCAUAUUAAUAGGGAGCUUGGCUCUAACUUGGACGUUACCAACAAUCAUUCUAGUCGGGAGACAUUAAGUUGGCAAAAGAUUGAAGCCAUCUUACGAGAAGAUAGUUCUUCACCAACCAGAAAAGUUGACGACGGGGGCAUUUGUCAGACCUCAGCUCGGGUUGCGUAUGCUCCAACUGCUAAAGAAAAUUACGAGAAUGGAACGGUGCCAGCAUCUCUAGUCCCACAAAAUAGUCAUCUAGAAGUUCCCAAAAUUACUCCUCGGCCUGUAGCCCAGAGGCUAUCAACCAGGAAUAGAUUUGCGGCACGGCCUCAUUUUGCUGCCCCCGACCCAUAUUCAGGCCAUAAUGAGGGAGUGGACAAUGUUAUUGAGAAUGACUCUGUUCGGCAGCAGUUGCAGAAUUCUGUGGAUGAUCAAUACUCAACUCAUAACCGUGGGACCUUUGAUACAGCUACCAAUCUAAGCACUAUGGACUAUUCCGACGAUGAUGGGUUUGAAGAAAUGGUCCAUCACGAAGAACAUACCUCCUUACAAUCACCCCAUUUGUCCACAGUAUCCGCAGCUUCGUCAAAACGCCCACUAUCCAACUUUAUAUCCGACUACCCGCGUAACAUUCUUGAAACGAAGUCAUUUUCUGACCUCCAGGCAGAGGGCUUCGACUAUAACCCAAUUCCCGCACAGCCACUGUUCCAGCAUGACACACAUUUAUCAUUAAAAGAUAAGCUCCUCCGUGUUAAAAAUUUUACAGACGAUCAGCGCCGUGCGUUCUUUUCAUCUGUGACUCUGUCGGAAUGGGAAGAGUGCGGGGACCUACUAGUUGAGGAAUUCUGUCAAAUCCUUCAAAAAUCAAAAGGAGCACGCCAAACCAGAAGAAAAGUGGCGGCAAUUUUUGAAGCAGAGAUUAAGCGGCGCCAUGACGCUGUCGAAUAUGAUGGCAAAUCUAUUAAGAACCGUCUUGAAGAUAUGAGAGCUGGAGGAAUAGGUGUUCUUAGAGGCAAAAUACCAUAA